UCGGCAAAACUUUGACCCCCUCCCUCCUUUGCUCUUUCAUUUCUACCUCUCAUUUUCUUACGGUUUUGAAAUCGUCGUCCAUCUCAAAAAUUCUGUAUCUUUCAUUCCGUUUCCGAAACUCGAUUUUCCCUUGUUUUUAAAAUGCGGGUUUGCUUUCGUUUCUCCAUUUCUCCUUUCCUAGCCCUAGAGCUGCCCAAAUUGUAAUCCUAGUGCUGCCAAAGUUGUGAUAAGUUUGAAUGUAAUAUCAUCCGAAUCUUUUGAAUUUGUUUUCUUUAGCGAAACCAGAUUUUCAUCAAUUUUUACAAUGCGGGUUGGAUUUUGUUUACGCAGUUCUGCAUUUGUAGUACUAGUGCUGCCCAAAUUGUUCUAGGUUUGAAUGUAGUAAAUUGCUCACUUAGUUUUGUACAUUUUGGGGUUUCUGUUUUUUCGAGAUUUUGUUCAAAAAGGUAGAUAUGGCUGUCGGAGCAGAGGCUGUACUAGUUUGUGUAUGGAGAUUUGUUAAGUUUUCCAUGAAAACUAGUAGCCUAUGUGUGCAGAAGCAUCCAUUUAUUUCAGCCACUUUGUUCUUCUGCUACCUCUUUUAUGUAUUUUUCAAUCUUUUUGUCUUCUGGUUUCCGUUUCUUGUCUGCAUUGCUGUUCUUGUUAGAUUGUUUUACUCUUCCGGAGGACUCACAUUCCUAGAAGAGGUCAAACGGGAUGAGAAACGGAGUAGUAAUGAUCAAGUGCCGUGUGUAAAACCCGAUCAACCUGUUGGAGGUGGUGAUGUUGUCAACCGAGAUGGGAGCUCCUUCACUAGACAGAAAAGCAGACGAACAAAUGUUUCGAGAAGGUGCAUAGAAGCUGGUGCGCAAGAUUAUUAUAAUGUGGGGAAAAACAUUUCUAUUUCAAAAACUUUGAAUGGUGGUUUGAUUGGUGGAACUGCAUUGAUUGACAGAAGCAAGAAAGCAGUCGUGGAGGAGAAAGCUAAAUGUGGUUUUGAUCAGGGAGAGAGUUCCGCGGCAAAAGCAUCAGCGGAAGAAAGUAUUCAGGCUCUCGUUGAGCAGCACCAUUCGGUCCUAGAUUCCGACAUUUCAGAAUCUCAGUUGUUGUCGUCUGAUGACUCAGAUGAACAACCGGACAAAUUAGAAGGCGACGGGACUAGUAGAGGAGAGGCACAAGAGAGUGGAAACAAGGCGGUGCAGUGGACAGACGAUGAUCAGAGAAAUCUCAUGGAUCUCGGGCUUUCGGAGAUAGAAAGGAACAAAAGGCUGGAAAGUUUGAUUGCCAGAAGAAGAGCAAGAAAGUUGUUCAAAAUGCAGGUUGAGAAAGGUCUGAUUGACUUGGAUACUAUCAUACCAGGUCAGAUUGCUCCAAUUUUAAUUUCGAAAAACCACCCCGUCGAUUAUGCGAAAUUAGCUUCUAGUGAUUUGGACACACCUGGUUCAGCCCCUUCCAUUUUGUUACCAAUGCAAAAUCCAUUUGAUCUUCCGUACGAUCCACAAGAAGAGAAGCCGAACCUUAUGGCGGAUAGUUUCCAACAAGAAUUCACGGCAGCUCACCAGAAGGAAAUGCUAUUUUGCCGGCACGAGAGCUUCUCUUUGGGAGCUGCUUCUUAUCCAUUGGAACCCAAGAGAAAAUCAUUGGAUGGAUUGGGGUGCUCCAGAUUUAAAAAACAAUUAGAGAUAGGACCUCACGAUAGGCAUAUCGAAAGAAUGUUGUCGGGUAAGCAUGACGAAGUUAUUGAAGCUCUGUUGUCAAAAGCACGCGAGAACAUGUCCGACAUUGGCAACGGUGCUGAUACAGCUGAAAGCAUAACUGAAUCCCCUCUUCCGGCAACAAGCUCAGUGGAACCGAAAGAUGAAGGAAACAGAGAAACUCAGAGGGUGAUCGAUACAACAGCAUCGAACAAGAAGGAAAAUAAAAGUGUAGAGAUGCAGCCACACGUAACUGAUGACAGCAACGACGAGUCAAGCUCAACUUCAUACUCCGAAGACGAUGAACAGAGUUUUCAUUUUGCUAGACCUGGACCCUCUCAAAAUGCAGGAUCAAAAUUGAGGCGUAUUCCACCAAAACCCCUAGAUUGUUCGAUUCCUAAGAGCAAAUCUGCGAAGGAGCCGUUGCAUGAUUCUAGCCCGUCUGCGCACGAAAGAAGCAGGUUGGAAGAACGCUUGUUUUAUUCUGAAAGGGGUGCUUGUCAUACUCCUACAUACUCUAUAGCUUCUGACCUACAGGUUGAGGUUUCGGAGGUUGGUUCACCUCCGCUGACAGACGGGGCCAAUUCACCAACGGAUAGAGAAUCCGUGACAUUGGAUGGCGACUUUGAAAAAGAGUACAUGUGGGCAGCGUCGUCUCAAUCAUCAAAAACAGAAGAAAGUGAAUCAAAACCGAGGGACGUGCGUGGACUCAGCGAGAAGGACCUUGCAAGCAUCAGAUUUUCGGGAAACAAUAAGAACAGCAAGGAUGCUGCUGAAUCAUCAUCGAUGCAACCAGAUGAACUGGAUGAUGUGUGCUCGUUGUCAUCUUCAAUAACAGAAAUAUAUGGAGACGGGCAAGCCCAUUCGUUGAGUUAUAAUGGAAAGAGUUACGAUGAUGUCGGGCAAGCAGUCGAAAAAGUUAGAAAGCUAAGGGCUUCUAGCUCAUGCAAUGUACUUUCACUCGAAAAUCAAGACGAAACAAUGAAAUCGAAUGAACAGCGGGUGGCUCAUCCUUCUGCAAAACUAGAGGAAACGAAUCCUCCUGAUGAGACGACAAAGAAGGUGAACCCGCCAGCAGCCAAUGCUACUCAUAGUUUGAAAGAUGAGAAGAUGAAUGCAGGCAGAGACGGUGGAGACCAGAUAUUGAUUAAGCAAGAGAUUGUGGGAGAGCCGUCAAAGGCAAAGGAGGGGACUAUUUCAGUAUCUAGCAGGCAUUUGGAGGGAAUUUCUGCGAAUACUGCCGAACGUGAAGCUUCCUUGGACACUAAGCAUCCUACCAAGGACAAUAAGAAUUCAAAUCGUAUUAAGGGAGAUCUUCAACAGGAAACUGAAAAUGACGACAAAAAAGAACUUGAUGCGAAAAUAAACUCAAACCCAACUCAAGGCAGAAAGGAUGAGCAAGGUAUCGUGGAAUGUGGAGUUUCUGGUGAUCUUAAUGCAUCAGCUAUGCAGAAAGAUCUGGUGAUUGAAGAUGUUGCUGUUGCAUCCACUUCUUCUUCAUCAUCAUCAUUAUCUCCGACAUCUGUGUUACUGGAAGAUAUCUCAAGGGAUCAAGCAUCCUCGUCAAAUUACAAUCCUGAAAGACAAAUUGGUGCCCCGGAAUCUGAGGUGGGAGGCAACGUGAAAAAUGAUUCAUCCACAGUGAAGCCACAUGACAGCACAUUGUUGACGCCUCAAACUGCAAUGCAACCUGUUCACGAAUCAACUAGUGACCGAUCAAAUACAACUGACUCAAAGAAGUCGCAGAAACAAUGUAUGCCUCCAGAGAAGUCCACCGAGGAAGCCAACAUCGUACUGACUGAGCAAGCUGAAGAAAUUGGAGAUUUAUCACAAAAAGUGAGAGAAGCAACUUCGGAAUUGAAAAAACAAGCUGAGGAAAUUGGAAAAGUAUAUGAAAAAGCAAAAGAAGCUGCUGCAGAACUUAAAAAACCAGCUGAAGAAACAGGAAUUUUGUCACAAAAGGCAACGGAGGAGGCUACUUUAGACUUGAAAAAAUCAGCCGAAGAAAUUGGGAGCGCGACACAAAAAGCAAGAGAGGUUGUUGCUGAGUUGAAAAAGCCAACUGAAGAAAUUGUAAAUGUGUCACAAAGGGCAACAGAAGCUGCUGCAGAAUUGAUAAAACCAGCUGAAGCAAUCAAACAUAGUUCGGAAAAGGCCACAAAGGUUGAUGCAGAUUUGAAGCAACCAGUUGAAGCUACAUCCAAUGAAUCACAAAAAGCAACAAAAGCUGCUACGCAGUCGAAAAUACCUGUUGAGGAAGUUGAAGAUGUAUCGGCAAAAGCAACAAAGGUUGGUGCAGACAUAAACAAACCUGUUGAAAAAAUAGGAAAUAUAUCACAAAAAACAACAGAAGCUGCUUUAGAAUUGAAAAAACCGAGCGAUGAAAUUGGAAGUGCAUCAACAAAAGAAGCCAGGGCUCCUGCAGAGGUGAAAAAACCGGCUCAAGAAAUUGGAAAUGUGUCACAAAAAGCAACAGAGGUUCCGGUGCAACUGAAAAUACCAUCUGAAGAAGUUGGAAGUAUAUCUCAGAAAGCAAGUGAUGCUCCUGCAAAAUUGAAACAUCCAUCCGAAGAAAUUGGAAGUGUCUCACAAAAAGCAAGCAAGGUUCCUUCAGAACUGAAAAAACCGGCAGAAGAAAUUGGAAGUGUAUUGCAAAAAUCAUCACAGACAGCCAAAGAAUCAAAAGAACUAGCUGAAAAAAUUGAAAACGUACAAGGAAAAAAAAUAGAGGCAGUAGCAGAGUUGAAAAAACCAGCUGAGGAAAUUGGGAACGUUUCAAUGGGAGCAACUGCAGAAUUGGAAAAACCGGUUGAAAAGGUUAGGAGUGAAUCACAAAGAGCAACUGAGGGUACUGUAGAGCUGAAAAUUUUCGGGGAAGAAGUUGGAAGUGCAUCACAAAAAGAGACAGAGGAUCGUGCAAUAUCAAACAAAUCAUCUGAAGAAAUCCAAAGCGGAUCACAGAAAAUGACAGAGGCUCUAGAAAAAAUAAAAAAUCCAAUUGAAGAAAUAGGUAAUGUGUUACAACAAGCAACAAUGACUGGCCUAGAAUCGAUACUACCAGCUAAAGGAACUGGAAAUCUACCACAAAAAACAUCAGUGGUUGCUGCAGAAUCAAAAAAAUCAGCCGAAAAUGUGUUGGGGAAAACGACAGAGGAUAGUACAGAAUUGAAAAAACCACCGGAAGAAGUCCGAAGUGUUUCUCAAACAGAAACAGACGCAUCCACAAAAAUGAAAGAAACAGCUGAAGAAACCGGAAGUGUACCAUUGAAAGCAACUGAGGCUGCUUCAGAAAUGAAAAAACCUGCAGAAGAAACUGGGAGUGUAUCGACAAAAGCAACUAAGGUCCCAACAGAAUUAAAAAGGCAAACUGAAGAAAUUGCCGGUGCGUCACAAAAAGCAGUAGAGAUUCCUGGAGAAUUGAAAAGGCCGGCUGAAGAAAUAAGAAUGGGAUCGGAAAAAUCAAUUGAGUCUGCAGCAGAAUUGAAAAAACCAGCAAAAGAAAACGAAGCAGCGUCACAAAAGGUAGUAGAGAUUCCGAGAGAACUGAAAAGGCCAGCUGAAGAAAAAGGAAUUGGCUCAGAAAAAUCAAUAGAGUCUGUAGCAGAAUUGAAAAGAACAGAUAAAGAAAGUGAAGCAACGUCACAAAAAGCAGUAGAGAUUCCGAGAGAACUGAAAAGGCCAGCUGAAGAAAAAGAAAUUGGAUCAGAAAAAUCAAUAGAGUCCGCAGUAGAAUUGAAAAAACCAGCUAAAGAAAGCGAAUCAGCGUCACAAAAAGCAGCAGAGAUUUCGAGAGAACUGAAAAGGCCAGCUGAAGAAAUAGGAAUUGGAUCGGAAAAAUCAAUAGAGUCUGCAACAGAAUUGAAAAAACCAGCUAAAGAAACCAAAGAUGUGUCACAAGAAACAUCAGAUCCUGCUACUAAUUUAAACAAACAAGUUAAAGCAAGUGAAGACGCGUCACAAAAAGCAUCGGAGCCUGUUGCAGUAUUGAAAAAAACAACUGAAGAAAGUGGAAAUGUUUCGCAUAAAGCAACUGGGGUUUCUUCAGAUGGAAAAACUGAUAAUGGAGCACAUAACGCUACUGAUGAAGCUAUUGAGGUGAAAAAGCCGAUUGAAAAAAUUGUAAAUGCGUCAACAAAAGCUACAGAGGUUGCUCCCGGAUUGAAAAAACCAACCACUGAGGCUACUGCAGAACUGAAAAAACAAGUUGAAGAGAUCAAAACUUGACAAAGAUUCUAGUGAAGAAAUAGAAAUGUAUCAUGAACAACAACCAAGGUACUCGAAGAUUCUCCCAAGAAAGACUCUUGAAGAAGUUACUAAUGAAGUUGAUGAUCGAGUAGUCGGUGACAAGGAAUUCCAGAACAAGUUAGGAAACGUUAGUCUGUAGAUCGAGGUGCAGGUGGACUUCAAAGCCAGCUGAUGCCAGAGGCAAAUUAGAAGCCAUCCAAGAUGUAGAGUGUGGGUCUAAAACUUCUAAAAUAUGAACAGGCUGUUGAUCGAUCAAGCCGAAACAGUAAAAAGUUGUAUAAUGAUCCAUGUAACCGCUGUAUAAUAAUAGAUAAUAUGGUGUUCAAUAACAAUUUACCAGAUUUAUUUGGCUCUCCCGAGGAUUA